AUGAUCAAUUGUCAGUUAAUUCUUCAUGAUACCAAUGAAAUGAACAAUGAUAAUUCCUUGCAAUUUAUUUGUUUAUAUUAUUGUGUAAGUAAGGACAAAUUAACUUAUCAAGAAUUGUCAAAUGUUAUCAACGAAGCGAUUUCAUAUUGUUUUCGACCGUUAAAUAGAAGUGAAAAUCAAUUUAGUAAUAUUGUUAAUACACGUAAUAAAAAUUUAACAUUUGAAGAAUUUCGUAUUAAUAAUAUAAGUACAGAAGAACUUCUUUCAUGGUCAACUCCUAUUGGUGUAGUUGAAAAAUAUCAAUUAUAUUUAAAUGAAAAAGAUUUAUCUUUAUCUAAUGAAUUCUUUUAUAAUUGUACAAAACCAUAUUUUGGUUUACGAUGUCAAUAUUCAUUUGAGUUUAGUGAAGAUAUGUCAAUAAUGAAUGUUGUCGAAAAUGAAUUUAAUACAAGAUGUGAUCGUGGUGGAAUAUAUAUAUGUCUCAAUUGGCGUGAAAUAUGUAAUGGAAGUAUUGAUUGUAUUGAUCAAGGUCUUGAUGAAGCAUUUUCUUUUAUAUAG